UUAGUUCAAUGGCUACUCCCAAUAUCACUUUGAUUGCUGAUGUGGAUGUGCUAAGGGACGAUUUGACUCUAAAAGUUCGUGUCAUCAACUUGUGCAAACAUAUGUCAUUCAAUAACAAGGAUGACAUUUGGUCCAUUGAAUUAAUUUUACUUGAUGAACAGGGGACCAAGAUUCAAGCUACUGUUUGGAAAAAAUUUCUUUAUCGAUUCAAAAAUAUAUUAAAGGAUGGGUCGGCUUUUUAUAUCAUAAGUCCAAGUUUUGCAUCACAAAAGCCCGGUAGUUUCAAAAUAACUCCUCAAGAUCAGAAACUAACAUUUGUCCAACAAACUGUUGUCAAAGAAUGUAUAGAAUUUUCUGGAUCUAUAUUUGGAUUUUCAUUUGUUGACUAUCAAACUGUACUAUCGUUGCAACAUCCUGAAGAUUUAUCCGUUGAUGUCAUUGGAUUGGUCGUUGCUAUUACUGAGAUGAUGAAGGAUAAUCCCGAUAGGUCGAGACACAGACUAACCAUUCACAUCCAAGAUGCAAGUGGUUUGCAAGUCCGUGUAAAUUUGUGGGGUGAUUAUGCGUACAAGAUGCAAGAUUACAUAGAUAACAAUCCACCAAAUCAACGUGUCGUUAUAAUUCAGUUUGCAAAGAUUACUGUUUGGAGAGAUCGUCCGAGUGUUAACACCUACUUUACAUCUUCAAAGCUAUUCAUUAACUUUGAUAUCGAUGACAGUAAUCUUUUCAAAAAAAGUUUAGACGGGGAUGAUCGUCCUGAUUCGUCUUCGAAUACGAUUUCAGUCAUUGAAUCUAAACAACUUUCUGAAUUAGAUGAUUUCAUAGUUAAAACUAAGUUGAAGACUAUUGCUGAGAUUUUUGAACCCCUUUCGAAAACCCACUUCGUUAUAGUUGGCACUAUAAAGGGAAUCUUGCAGAAUGAGAAAUGGUGUUAUCCCGCGUGUACAAACUGCAGUUACAGGGCCUUUCCGGAUAAUGGGGCAGAUGACUGUAUUGAUUUUCAUCUUUCAAAUGCAAAACCAACUUCUUAUGAAUGUCGUAACCAAAAUUGCACAAAAAAAACAGCUUCUGUUGUACCGAGAUUUAUGAUCCCUAUACGUGUGCAAGAUAAUACCGGGACUAUUACAUUGACAAUGUUUGAAAAAGAAGGAAGGUAUUUAUUGAAGACAUCAGCCAAAGAGUUGUUUAAAAAAGCAACAGAGAUUGGGGACAAUAUUGAUUUCUAUCCGGGGGAUAUUAAUGCAUUGAAAGGUUUGAAAUUGGCAUUCAAGAUUUCUAUUUCAGAUUUCAAUGUGUUGAAAAAAACCAAUCAAUAUGGUAUUUCUAGAAUCAGUGAUAAUGUUGAUUUAAUUGAACAACUUGAAAAAAAGUUUACAGAAUCACAGACCGAUUUAACAGACUCUUUGGACGUUUGUUCUGGCGAAUUCGAAUCUCAAGAUAACAUGCAUUUAAAGGAUGAAAUUUCUGGGACGGAUGACAACAUAACUCCUUCCACUGUUGACAAGAACUCAGCAACAAGCCCAAUGAAGUUUUUGAACACAACACCGGUUUUGAAACGAAAUCUUGAAGAAGUCUUUGAUUUGGACAUUAAUGAAAACUUAUCGUCUUCAAAAACUCCAAAAGUGUCCGUAGAUGGUCCAAGGAAAAAGUUGUUGGAGAUAAAGUUGGAAAAAGUGGCUGAAUUUGAUUUGGUGUUGAUUUUGAAGACAAUGUCCAUUUUGAAUUUUCAUGAACAAUUUUAAGGUUUUUUUUUGCCAUGCUUCUUUUUUAACUCUCUUGGUUUGAUGUUUCAAGCAUUCUGGUUUUUAAGGUUAAAACUUUUCCAUUAUUUUCUUUUUAAAUGGUUUGUUAUGCUAUAUUGUUAUAGCAUGUUAUGAAUUAAUUUUUUCAUAUAUUUGUGGUUUUAUUUAUGCUUUUCCAUUCUUGGUAGAAAAUGUCUUACUGCAUACU